UGCCUUUGCUUUUCUUCUACUCCCUCCUUGCCUCCCUCCCUCUUAUUCUGUUAGCCAGUCCUCUCUCUCUUCAGCUCUAUCUCUCUCUCUUUUUGGCGGGAGGUGGACCCCAACAAUCAAAUCUCCUCCAUCUCAAGUCUCUUUCUCAUAAAUACCGGCGGGCACCAGCCCACCCACACCUCCAACUACUCUCUCCCACACACUCUCUCUCUCUCUCUCCAUAACAACAACAACAACAACAACAACAACAUGCAUUUCAAUUAGAACCCACAUUUCAAUUUACAAUUUCGCUCCCAUUUUUAUUUCUCUCUGCCAAAUUAUGGAACCUUCCAUUUUCUUCUUCCUCCUCAUCUCUAUCUUCAUUGACUUCACUCUCUCUCUCACCCCAGAUGGCCUCUCCCUCCUCUCUCUAAAAUCAGCCGUCGAACAGCCAUCCGACGGCUCCGCUUUCUCCGACUGGCUCGACACCGACGACACCCCCUGCCACUGGACCGGCAUUUCCUGCAUGAACGUCACCGGCUUCCCGGAACCCCGCGUCGUCGGAAUCGCGCUCUCCGGCAAGAAUCUCCGCGGGUAUAUUCCGUCCGAGCUCGGAACCCUAGUCUAUCUCCGGCGGCUCAACCUCCACAGCAAUAACUUCCACGGCUCUAUCCCUUCCCAGCUCUUCAACGCCACCUCACUCCACAGCAUCUUCCUCUACGGUAACAACCUCUCUGGUUCGCUCCCUCCCUCGAUCUGCAACCUCCCCCGCCUCCAGAACCUCGACCUCUCCAACAACUCUCUCUCCGGUUCGCUCCAAGCAGAGUACUUGAAGAACUGCAAGCAAUUGCAGCGGUUGAUUCUCGCGAGGAACAGAUUCAGCGGCGAAAUUCCGGCGGGAAUUUGGUCCGAUAUGGAGAAUCUAAUCCAAUUAGACCUCUCCUCGAACGAGUUCACCGGAUCGGUACCGGAGGAUUUCGGCGAGUUGAAGUCCCUGUCCGGUACCCUCAACCUCUCGUAUAAUCACUUAUCGGGCAAGAUUCCGAAAUCUCUCGGCCAUUUACCGGUGACGGUGAGUUUCGAUCUCCGAAACAAUAACUUGAGCGGGGAAAUUCCCCAAACGGGGUCGUUUUCGAAUCAGGGGCCUACUGCGUUUCUGAACAAUCCUCUGCUAUGCGGGUUUCCGCUUCAGAAAACUUGUAAGAACCCGGGGCAGAGCUCGCCCGGUAAUCCGAAUUCGGGACCCGGAUCCGAAAACGGUCAGAGAAAGGGUUUGAGUCCGGGUUUGAUUAUCUUAAUAUCGGUGGCUGACGCGGCGGGAGUGGCGUUUAUUGGGCUAGUCGUCGUUUACAUCUAUUGGAAAAGAAAAGAUAAUUCGAACGGCUGUAGCUGUACAGGGAAGAGCAAAUUUGGAGGGAACGAGAAGCUUCAUCUCUGUCAACUCUGUUCUUGCGCUUGCAUCAAUGGCGAGUUUGGGAACGAGGAUUCGGAACAGGGCGACCCAGAAAAAGCAGAGAGGGGAAAAGGGGAGGGAGAUCUCGUGGCCAUCGACAAAGGGUUCACGUUUGAGCUCGACGAGCUUCUGAGAGCUUCGGCUUAUGUGCUGGGCAAGAGCGGGUUGGGGAUCGUGUACAAAGUGGUGCUCGGCAAUGGCAUCCCUGUGGCUGUGAGGAGAUUGGGUGAGGGCGGUGAUCAGAGGUACAAGGAGUUUGCGGCCGAGGUUCAGGCGAUUGGGAGAGUGAAACAUCCGAAUGUUGUGAAAUUGAGAGCUUAUUAUUGGGCUCCGGAUGAGAAGCUUCUGAUCAGUGAUUUCAUUUCUCAUGGCAGCUUGGCCUCUGCUCUUCGCGGUGAGUUUUUUCUUUUCUUCCUCUGUUUGUUUUGUUUUGUUUGUAUGCAGUUGUGUGAAUUGAAUUACGUGGUUUUGUCGUUUGUGAGUCAGAAUCUGAUGUGUCGUGUUUUGGGUUGACUGGUAUUCUUUGUUGAAGGCAUAUAAUGCAGCUGGGUUUAUUUAUGCCUAGAUUUGGGCUAUUGUAGAAGCUUGAAUUAAUUGUUAUUGGUUGGGACUGUGGAUCGAUCGUUCGGAGCUUACAGGUUUAAUGGGCAGCGGGAACUAAUUAUUAUUCGGCGUAGUGCACGAAUGAUGAUAUUUU